UUCUCUAUUAUAUGCAAUGGUUCAAUUAAUGGCCCCUCAGCCGGGCAAAGUAAUGAUGGAAUCAAAAACCAGUUGGACAUGAAGCCUAUAUACAUAAAGAAGCAGAAACUGAAGAACAAGUAUUAAUACUACACCCUAAUAUGAAUAUAAAGAACUGAAAGUAAGAAAUACAUUCAAAUCUCAGCAUGUGUGACAUUCGCAAUAAACAGCAUCGUAGACAACAGUCCAGGAACAGGGAAAAUAAUAAUACAGUGUUUAAAUGUAUUAGGUAGAAUAUCCACACUCCAGUACAGCAGGUGACAGUAACUGUUCAACUCGUUCAAAACCCUCCACACAGAUAGCAAGAGAAAGCGUCGCUCAUUGGAUUUAUGUCCUAGAAAACAUUUUUAUAGACACAACUUUAGCACAGACCCUACUCAUUUUAACACUCGCGGACAUUGUUUUUGCAUAUUUAAUCCGAUCCGUCUGUACUAUUGAGAGAUUUGAGAAGAAAUUGCUGACAAACUACAGGACUAAAGGACAGAAAAAUGAGCGUUUCUAAUAAAUUCUCUUCUUAGUGGACAAGACUGUAGGUCAAACUGAACAGCAGAUUGUUUUCUCAACCCAAUGCUGAUCACUGGAGUUUAUCUGCAGUUUGUCAGAAGAGCAAGGAAAGGACUCUCAGUCUGAGAUGAGUCUCUCACAGAAACAGAGUGUAAGAUCAGGCUCACAUGUGUCCAGCUCUGUGUCUGUGAAGAGUGACUGGUCAAAAGAUGAACCACCGAACUUCAGUGAGAAAAAAACAUCAUCUACCAAAAGUGUAAGAUCAGACUCACAUGUGUCCAGCUCUGUGUCUGUGAAGAGUGACUGGUCAAAAGAUGGUUUGCCACCGAACUUCAGUGAGAAAAAAGCAUCAUCUACCAAAAGUGUAAGAUCAGACUCACAUGUGUCCAGCUCUGUGUCUGUGAAGAGUGACCGGUCAAAAGAAGUGCCACCGAGAUUCAGUGAGAAAAAAACAUCAUCUACCAAAAGUGUAAGAUCAGACUCACAUGUGUCCAGCUCUGUGUCUGUGAAGAGUGACCGGUCAAAAGUUGAACCACCGAACUUCAGUGAGAAAAAAACAUCAUCUACCAAAAGUGUAAGAUCAGACUCACAUGUGUCUGUGAAGAGUGACCAUUCAGGAGGUUUGCCACCGGACUUCAGUGAGAAAAAAACAUCACCUACCAAAAGGGUUCAAUAUGAGACAUUAGAUUCAGACGUCCAGACUCACAGGAACUACAAGAAUUUCAAAGACAAUCUCCUGUGGAUCUUCCAGGGUCUUGAAAGCAAAAUUAUCACAUUUCUGAAGAAUGAGCUGGAAAAGUUUAAGAAAAUAUUACAAGAAGAAGACUUACAAUACUUUGUGAAGGAUUUUAAUGAGAACAGAUGCAGUAUCAAAGAAGCAGCUCUUGAUCUCACACUCUACUUCCUGAGAGAGAUGAAGCAAGAUGAAGCUGCUGAUACUUUAGAAGAUGAGCUGUUCUUCAUUCAUCAGCUAAAAUGUAGCUUAAAGAAAAAGUAUCAAUGUGUGUUUGAAGGAAUUGCAAAGCAAGGUGACUCUACACUUCUGAAUAACAUCUACACAGAUCUCUAUAUCACUCAGGGUUGUAGUGAACAGGUCAAUACUGAACAUGAGGUAAGACAGAUUGAAGUUGCUUCCAGGCGUCAUGAAUCACAAGAGAUACAGGUUGAAUGCAAAAAUUUGUUUGAAGCACCUGAACAAGACAAGCAGAUCAGAACUGUACUGACAAAAGGAGUUGCUGGCAUCGGAAAAUCAGUCUCUGUACAGAAGUUUGUUCUGGAUUGGGCUGAAGGAAAAGAAAAUCAAGAUAUCAGCUUCAUAUUUCCUCUUCCAUUUAGAGAGAUGAACUUAAAGGAGAAAGAAAAACUAAGUUUGAUGGACCUUAUAACUCAGUUUUUUUCUGAGACAAAAGGACUGAACCUUACAAGAAGAAACCAAAAACUCCUGUUCAUUCUUGAUGGUUUGGAUGAAUGUCGUCUUCCUCUAAACUUUGAUGGUAAUGACGUGUGGUGUGAUGUUUCAUCACCAGCCUCUCUGGAUGUUCUCCUAACAAACCUCAUCAAGGGAAAUCUGCUUCCUUCUGCUCUCAUCUGGAUCACCACCAGACCAGCAGCUGCCAGUAAGAUUCCUCCUGACUGUAUCGACCGUCUGACAGAGAUACGAGGAUUCGAUGAUGCACAAAAGGAGGAGUACUUCAGAAAAAGAUUCAUGAAUCAGAAUCUGGCCAAAGAAAUCAUUGCUCAUGUUAAAAAAUCAAAGAGUCUUUUUAUCAUGUGCCACAUCCCAGUCUUCUGCUGGAUUUCAGGCACUGUUCUCCAGAACAUUUUGGAGGAGAAAAAAAGUAAUGAUGUGAAAAACAAUAAGGCUGAUGACAAAUCCAAAAUACUACAGGAAUCAAAUACUGAAGACAUUCCUAAGACUCUGACACAAAUGUACACACACUUUUUCCACUUUCAGAUCCUGCAGAGCAGACGAAAGUAUGAUGGAGAAUAUACACCAGAUGUUUCCUGGGAUAAAGAUGCCAUCCUUUCACUGGGGAAACUGGCAUUUCAUCAGCUGGAGAGAAACAAUGUGAUCUUCUAUGACACAGAUCUGAAAGACUGUGGUAUUGACGUCUAUAAAGCAUCAGUGUAUUCAGGCAUGUGUACCCAGAUCUUUAAGGAGGAAACAGGGAUCGUUCUUGGUACCAUGUACUGCUUUGUUCACUUGAGCAUUCAAGAGUUUAUUGCAGCCCUUUAUGCUCAUCUGUUUCUAGACAUCAACAAGAAAUAUGUGUUUGAUCAAGACUCUAUAGAACAGGAAAACAAAAGUGAAACCAAGAUUGAUUUGCUCAAGACUGCAGUGGACAAGGCACUAGAGAGUGAUAAUGGACACCUGGAUCUUUUUCUUCGAUUCCUCCUUGGUUUGUCACUCCAGUCCAAUCAGCGACUCUUACAGGGUCUGUUGACACAGCAGGAUGGAAAUGACCAAAUCAAAAAGGAAAUAGUUCAGUACAUCAAGCAGAAAUUUGAAGCUAAUCUGUCUCCAGAGAGAUCCAUCAAUCUGUUCUACUGUCUGAAUGAACUGAACGACCAAACUCUGGUGAAAGACAUUCAGACCCACCUUAGCAAAGGAAGUCUCUCAUCUGCUGAUCUUUCUCCUGCCCAGUGGUCUGCUUUGGCCUUUGUGUUGUUGACAUCAGAGGAGGAGCUGGAGGAGUUUGAGCUUCAGAAAUUCAAGAAAUCAGACGAGUGUCUCAUUAGAUUAUUGGCAGUCAUCAAAACCUCCAAAAGAGCUCUGCUAAAUGAUUGUGGCUUAACAGACAAAAGCUGUUCAGCUCUGGCUACAGUUCUUGGAUCAGAUACCAGUCUGAAAGAGCUGAACAUGAGCAAUAAUAAUCUACAGGAUUCAGGAGUGAAGCUGCUUUGCACUGGACUGGAAAAUAUGAAGUGUCAUUUGGAGAUACUGAGACUUUCAGACUGCAGUAUCACUGAAGAAGGUUAUAAAGCUCUGGCUUCAGCUCUGAGAUCAAACCCUUCACACCUGAUAGAGCUGGAUCUCACAGGAAAUGAUCCUGGACAAUCAGGAGUGAAGGAGCUCAGUGAUUUACUACAGGAUCCAAACUAUGUGAUGCUGUAA